CCCCUCCCGCCCGCCCGCCCGGCAUGAGCGUCUCGGUGCCGGAGGGGCUGCGGGAGCUGCUGCAGAGCUUCACGCUGGAGGUGCUGCGCAGCCAGCCGGCCGACCUGCUCGACUUCGCCCUCCGCUACUUCCAGCGCCUCAAGGCGGAGGCCGCGGGAGGGGCGGCGGGGCUCCCGCGGGGAGCCGGCCGGGCCAACGCCGCCGCCCCCGCGCCGGGGAGCCGCCUGCAGCUGGACGGCGCCCCCGCCGAGGGCCGCGGGGUGAACUUCUCGCCGGAGCCGCUGCGGAGCCUCUCCGAGAGCAGCGGCGAGGAGGAGGAGGAGGAGGAAUUCGCCGCCCCUGUGAUUAACCGCUUCACGAGACGAGCAUCAGUGUGUGCAGAAGCUUAUAAUCCCGAUGAAGAAGACGACGACACUGAAUCAAGGGUUAUUCACCCCAAAACAGAUGAUCAAAGAAACAGGCUACAGGAAGCUUGCAAAGACAUUCUCCUGUUUAAGAACUUAGAUCCGGAACAGAUGUCCCAGGUUCUGGAUGCCAUGUUUGAAAAGCUAGUUGAAGGGGGAGAACACGUCAUUGAUCAAGGAGAUGAUGGGGACAACUUCUAUGUAAUUGAUCGCGGGACCUACAAUAUCGUCGUAAAAUGCGACGGCAACGGAAGAUGCGUUGGCAACUAUGACAACCGCGGGAGUUUUGGAGAAUUGGCUUUAAUGUACAACACACCCAGAGCGGCUACUAUCAUUGCUACCUCUCCUGGCGCCGUUUGGGGUUUGGACAGAGUAACAUUUCGAAGGAUCAUUGUGAAAAACAACGCGAAAAAGAGAAGAAUGUAUGAAAAUUUCAUUGAGUCAUUGCCCUUCCUUAAAUCUUUAGAACUUUCUGAGCGUUUGAAAGUGGUGGACGUGAUAGGCACCAAAAUAUAUAAAGAUGGGGAACAAAUAAUUGCUCAGGGAGACACGGCCGACUGUUUCUUUAUUGUGGAAAGUGGAGAAGUGAAAAUUACAAUGAAAAGAAAGGGCAAACAAGACAUAGAUGGAAAUGAAGCGGUGGAAAUCGCCCGCUAUACCAGAGGACAGUAUUUUGGCGAAUUGGCGCUUGUGACAAACAAACCCCGAGCGGCCUCAGCCUUCGCGCUUGGGACAGUCAAAUGCUUAAUUAUGGAUGUACAAGCUUUUGAAAGGCUUCUGGGACCUUGUAUGGAAAUUAUGAAAAGGAACAUUGCAAACUAUGAAGAACAGCUGGUCGCUCUCUUUGGGACAAACAUGGAUAUCUCUGAGCCCACUGCAUGAAGUACGGAGGCGCGCAACCUGUGUCCGACAAACAGCACAGUAGUGGUUAGUCCACUGAACUGACACCUUAUCUUCCUAUAGAUGCUAAGCAUUGUUCUUGAUUUUACAGGGGCUCGGAUUUCUUUCCUCUCCUGUCCCAAAUUUGUUUGCCUUUUCUUUUUUGCACAAAGUCAUUCACCUUUCCAAUAACAUCGGUUUCAUAAGCCUUCAGCGGCAAUGUACAACUUCCUACAGGUAGUCCUCAGCUUACCACCGUCCAUUUAGCAAACGUUCAAAGUUACAAAGGCAGUGAAAAAAGGGACUUGGGAUCAUUUUUCACACUUAUGACCGUUGCAGCCUCCCCGUGGUUUAUGUUCGGAUGUUUGUCAACCGACUCACAUUUAUGACGGUUGCAGUUGUCCCAGGGGGGGUCACGUGAUCGUCUUGUGCAACUUUCUGACAAGCUAAGUCAUGGGGAUUCCAGAUUAACACUUGUGCUACUAACUUAGCAACUGCAGUGAUUCGCUUAAUGGCUGUGGCAAGACAAGUCAUAAAACGGGGCCAAACUCACUCAACAACAUAAAUUUGGGGCUCAGCGGUGGCUGUACGUUGAGGACCACCU